AAAACUUUUUAUGUCAAUUUACCUAAUAAUAAUAAUAAUAAUAUAGUUCAUAGUCCUAAAUUUAAGUAACUGUAUCCAGUGAAUAUCUCUUAUCUUUCAGUACAAAAACAACAAUUAUGCCCAAUCUUGAUUUGAUCGAAAGCAGGAUUGCUGCACUAGAACGUGAAAUUUUAGGAAUAGCAAACAAUGGAAACACUGACGAUUUGAAAACAACAGUUACAGAUUCCUUAAUACAAGCCCAUACAAUGAUUUCUUCCGCCUUGAGCUGUCGAGAUUCAAUAACUGCUGUUAUGGAUAGAAUGGCCAAAGUAGAUGAAUAUUUAGAUCCAUUGUAUGUUGUUCAAAUGAUCGAUGUGGAGUGUAAGAUGACCUAUGUAUUAGAGAUGCAUGAAAAGCUGAAGGAAAACUACGAGAGUUUGAAAGCGUUGGAUAAACUACUAGUGAUACUUAAUUCUGAAAACAUAAACCGAUUGAUAGAUAAUGAUGAUCGCAUCAAGUUAGCUCUAAUCGAAAAUUUUGCAAUUAAUCAAGAGAGGUUGAAAACUGUGGAAAAUGUCAUCAAGGUUCUGGUUGGUUAUAAUGAUAUGAUGAAAAAUAUCAAACUUUUAUUUAGGCAGAUGAAUUUAUUGUUAACAAAUUUGGAAUCUGGGCAAGAACAGACUUUCAAAAAUGAAGAGUAAAGAAUACCUAUGUGAGUAAUUCAUUCAUACAAUUUUAUUAGAUCUUUAUUGUCAUGUUUUCUUAAAUUAACUAUUGUUUAAAUAAAAAAAAAAAUAGAUCUCUGACCUGAUUCUGCUCGCAAAACACUUCUUCUAAUAAAAAAUUGUAUGCUUUUUCUCUAGCUGAGUUUCCGAUCCUGUUAUAACUGUAUUAACAUAAUUUAAUUGAUUUUUUAUCAAAAUGAAUGUUUACAACUCCUUUCCAACUUCUUAGGUUGUUAUAAUUUUUAUUUCAACCAAUUCAAGAUUUAGGAUGUAGCAAAAGAUAUGAAAAGGUGUAGAUUGAAGAAAAAACUUUGAAAAUAAAAAACUUGUUAUAAGA